AUGGCGUCUCCUCUUCUGCCGGCGCGGUGGCAGCGGGAACCCGCGUAUUUUCCGGAGGUGAAGAGCCUGAACCUGUCGGACCCCUUCCAGGCCGAGCCCAUCGUCUCGACGCGCGCCGUCGCUGCCGUGAGCCCUCUGCCGGUGACGGCGCGGAAGCUGAGCGUGGGGGCAACUGCUGGCAGGUGUCCCAGUUGCCUGGCGCUGCAGACGCCCGACAGCGUCUGGUGUCGGCUCUGUGGGCAUCGGCUCGCGGAAGUCCCGGACGGCAUCUCCGAUGGGGUGAGGAUCCGGGCCCUGGAGGCGGAGUUGGAGUCCUUGCGAGCACUGCACCUGGAGGAGGUCUUGGGCUUGCAGGAGGCGCUGGAGAAGCGCCGGAAGGAGCAGGAGGUGUUGAGGCUCGAGUUGGAGGCGCGGCAGAAGAUGCAGCACGCGGGCGACCAAACGCUCGAUCAGUCGCUGCAGCAGCAACGGUCCUUACAUGAGACCAUCGCCAACCAGGAGCAGUCUCUCAAGCGGUUUUCGACGCAGGUGGAGGAUCUCUCCCAACAGCUGGCAGUGAGCCGCCGGGAGAAUGAGCUGAUGCGCGCAGACUUGGAGAAGCAACGUCUCGAGCUUCAGGAACAGCUUCGCAGGCACUCGCAACUCUCACAGUCAGAGGCGAGCCGUGCCUCGCAGCUGAUGAAGGAGGACUUCCAGAAACAGUCUGCCGAGCUGCAAGCGCUGUUGAAGCGAAAUCAAGAGCUGGAGAAGUUGGCGUCCGAGCAUAAGAGUGCGGCGGACAGCCACGCAGGACGUGCCCAGCUGCUGCAGUCGGGCUACGAGAGCCGCAUCCACGAGCACAAGUCCGAUUUCGAAGGGCGUCUGCAAGAGCAGCACUCGGCGCACGAGCGUCCGGGGGGCCUGGGGUGA